AUAUUUAAUAUCUAAAAAUAUUAGUGAAUAAUUAGCUUUAGAAAUAAGAAAAUAUUUAGAAUACAAAUUUGAAGUGGAUAAUAAUUUAACUUUAUAAUAAGAAAAAGAAAUUUAUAAUAAAUUGUCAAAUGAAAUUAAAGAUAAAAUCAAAUUAAGUAUAAAUUUAUAAAUAUUAAAUAAAUCUAGAAUUUUCAAGGAUAAUUUUUCAGAAAAGUUUAUUAGAAAUCUAAGUUUAUAAUUUAAUUAGAUAGAUUUUGUAAACGAAGAAUAUAUAUAUAAAGAAGGUGAUAAAAAUGAUAAAUUAUAUUUUAUAUAAAAUGGUACUAUUUCAAUUGAAAAAAACAAUAUUUAAAUUUAAGAAUUAUAAAAGUCAUAAUCUUUCGGAGAACUAGAAUUUUUUGGAAAUUAAGAUAAAAUUUUUAACGCAAAAUCAAUAGGACAAACAUAAAUUUUAGAAAUAUCAAAAACAAACUUUAUUAAUAUAAUUAAAAACUAUCCAGAAGAUUACCAAAAAUAUUGCUUAAUAAAAGAUAAAAUUCAGUUUUAAUAAAAUAUAGAUAUGUUUAAGAGUAAAUGUGGUAGUUGUGAAAAAAAUGGACAUAUAUCUUUAUAUUGUAAGCAAGUACACUAUUAACCUAAUAAAGAAUAUGUUAUAUUAAAA